GCAGUCUCGCACUUUGCUCUGUGUAUUUUGCCUAUUGCAGCAGCACAAAUGUAGAAAUGGGGAGGUUUGUUAGUGCAUGAAGGAGGUAGUGUGCUGCAGUGCUGGAAUUUUGCUUCUUAUGAAGGUAUGAGACCUGGUCGUUUUGGCUCUCCUGCGUUUCCUGUUGACUGCUAAAGCACACCGUGUGAUCCUUGUACUGCCUGCUACCCUCGAACGUCUGUGUGCACAUGCAUCCAUUCGAACGGAAAGACAUGACAGGAAGAGGAACGGCAGCAGGAGGGACUGUCACCGAAGGAUGUCAGGUCAGCUGUAGCUCAUCCGCCGAGACAAAACAAACGGCUGUGCUGCCUAAGAAGAUUGCUCUGCCCCGUCGUGAAGACGCGCAGCGAUGGAAAUCGGCCUGUAACAGCUGGCCCAGCUGCUCCGAGUUCACUGCCCCCGUGAGCAGGGGUUCUGAUGACCACAGUCGGAGGCUGGAAGAGGGACACUCAGUACCUGUCAUGGCCAGCGCGGCGGACGGUCCCGGGAGUGUGGGAUCGGAGCAACCCCACCUCACCGUGCCCGUGGCAGACCAUGGCGCCUGGACAACUGCCAUGAACAACCUUGGCAUCGUGCCCAUGGGACUAACAGGACAGCAGCUGGUAUCAGAUCCCAUCUGCAUGCCAGGCUAUGACCCAACCCUAGGCAUUCUAACACCCAUCAACCCCAUGAUGGCAGGAAUCAGCCUGGUACCACCACCCCCUGUACCUGCAGAAAUCCCAGUCGUCAAGGAGAUCAUUCACUGUAAAAGCUGUACGCUCUUCCCUCAGAAUCCCAAUUUGCCGCCUCCAUCUACCAGGGAAAGACCACCAGGGUGCAAGACUGUGUUUGUGGGGGGACUUCCAGAAAAUGCCACAGAGGAGAUCAUCCGGGAGGUGUUCGACCCCUGUGGGGAGAUCAUUGCUGUCCGCAAGAGCAAGAAGAACUUCUGCCAUAUUCGCUUUGCUGAAGAGUUCAUGGUGGACAAAGCCAUAUACCUCUCUGGGUACCGGAUGAGGAUUGGGUCCAGCACAGACAAGAAGGACUCCGGCCGUAUCCACGUGGACUUUGCUCAAGCACGAGAUGACCUGUAUGAAUGGGAGUGCAAGCAGAGGCUGCUGGCCCGUGAGGAACGCCACCAACACCAGCUGCGACCCUCCCCGCCUCCCAUAAUGCACUACUCUGAGCACGAGGCGGGCCUGCUGGCUGAAAAACUCAAAGAUGAUAACAAGUUUGGCGAGGCAACCACUGUGCUGCUUGCCUGGAUCGAGCGUGGCGAGGUCAACCGCCGCUCAGCCCACCACUUCUACUCCAUGAUCCAGUCGGUCAACAGCCACGUGCGGCGCCUGAUGAGUGAGAAGGUCCAACACGAGGAGGAGCUGGAACUGGCCAAAGAGCACUUCAAGAACGCUCUGUUGGCCAUCCUCAUGCAAUUUGAGCAGAUUACGGCCGUUUUCACCGCCGCUACCAGGCAAAAGGCAUGGGACCAUUUCUCAAAAGCACAGCGCAAGAACAUAGACAUUUGGCGCAAGCAAUGUGAGGAGCUGCGGAAUGCUCACAGCGAGGAGAUCAUGGGCAUCCGAAGGGAGGAGGAGAUGGAGAUGUCUGACGAUGACUCAGAUGGAAACCCUUGCAAGAAACUGCGUUUGGAUGACUCAGACCUGGCUGCACAGACGUGCGCCCUGAGGGAGGAGAACGACAGCCUGCGCUGGCAGCUGGACGCUUGCCGGAGCGAGGUGGAGCUGCUCAGGCAGGAGCAGGGCAGGGUCCCCCGCGGUGAGGACGAUCGCGCCCAAGAGCAGCAGCUGCGGUUCCUGCAGCAGAGCGCACAGGGUGUGCAGCAGCAACUUCUCAGCCUUCAGGAGGAACUCAGGAGGAAGGAGCUGGAGCUGGAGCAGGCUAGGGAGGAGCAGCGCUACUUGGAAGGGGAGCUCAUUGCCCUGAAGGAGAAGCUGCUGAACAACAUGGACAUGGUGGAAAUACACAGUACGGAGCGCUCUGAAAAGGGAGUGAAUGGAUGUGCUGGGUUUCUCUACCCCAGUCAGGAGAGGAUCAGCGCACUGGGGGCGAGAGGACCAGUCAAGUCAGAGAAGGAGGCCUUGUUGCUGGGCAUUAUAUCCACCUUCCUUCAUGUCCACCCAUUCGGGGCCAACAUUGAAUAUCUCUGGUCGUACAUCCAAAGACUUGACACGAAGGUGUCUGCCGGAGAGCUGGAGCGCCUGAUGCUCCGACUACCCCGAAUGUUCAAACAGGAGCUCUCGGGUGUGGGUGCCACUCUGGAGAAGCGCUGGAAGUUCUGCGGCUUCGAGAGUAUCCAGUCCAUGUGACCUCAGAGAGAUGUUGGGGGGACUAAAAAGGGACCUCACACCAGGCCCCAGGCUCUAUGCUCCAGGCUCUACGGUAUGCUCAGCAUCAUGGCCGGGAGAUGCUGGAGGGUACAAGAAGACCUCUUCCUCAGGACACUCGUUGAGUUAUCCACUCGCUGACAGUAGCAAGGCUACUGUCGGAAAGAACGGAAACAGCAGCAGGAAACCAUCAGUGGGACGACUACUUGAAAUAGUUUGAUGCAGAGUUCAUAGUCGACUACACAUAAUCGAUGUUUACAGGAAAA